AUGGGAUUUAAUCUAAUUACUUGCGUUUCCGUGGCUUUUGUUGCCUGGUUGGUUUAUUAUUUCAUUCUUUAUCCAGUCAUCUUCUCGCCUUUGGCCAAGAUACCAGCACCACAUUGGUCGUGUCAUAUAUCACCACUAUGGAUUCUUCUUGCAAGGAAGAACAACUUUCAAAACAAGCUUCUCCACAAAGCACACCUCAAGCUUGGCCCCGUCGUGAGAAUAGGCCCUAGCGAGAUGAGCGUUGAUGGGUACGAUGCCCUUAAAACCAUAUACCAAGGCGGUUUCGAGAAGGACAAGUGGUAUUCUAUCUUUGACAACUACGGGGUACCCUGCAUGUUCUCAACUUUAGGCUCGAAAUCUCACUCUCUCCGUAAGCGCAUGAUCUCAAACGUGUACUCCAAGUCUUUUAUCCACGCCUCACCAGCUGCCAAGGCACAGGCUCAGGCCAUACUCUUUGGUCGUCUCUUACCUCUGCUCUCCAAUUCAGCGGCCGGCCCUAGACCCCAGGGCAUUGAGGCAUUCUCCACCUUUCUUGCCUCGACCAUGGACUUUAUCACAGCCUACGUGUACGGCCUCCGUAACAGUACUGAUUUUUUAAGACAAAAGGCAUAUAGAGACCACUGGCUGCAGCUGUAUCUCGUGCGUGCGAACUAUGGGUUCUGGCCGCAGGAAAUGCCGCGGUUAACAGUAUUCUUGGGGCGGUUUGGACCGAUUCUGAAACCCUAUCCUGCCUGGGUGGAUGAUGCAAAUGCUGAGCUGGGAGAGUGGAAUGAGAAGCUAUGCAAGAGAGCUUAUCAGGCUACUCAUGGAAGUAAUACUGAAAUUGAUAAGGAGGAUGUUGUAGAUGAGCCAGUCGUCUUCCGAGCCCUGGAAGCAGGGAUAGAAAAGGAGCAUCGUGCUAACGGGAAAGAAUCUCUGCUCUACUCAACAACCAUUCUCAAAAAGGACCUAUCCAUGGCAUCGGAAUUAUUGGACCAAGUUCUGGCCGGGCAAGAAACCGCCGGAAUCGCUUUGACGUAUCUUGCUUGGCACCUGUCCAAGUCUCCGAGCUUGCAACAAGAAUUGAAGGAGGAGCUUCUGACUUUGAAUCCCCCCAUGAGGAUGUCGGCAGAUCGAUCCUCUCUGCCUGCCCUCCCAGAUCCCAAGCAAGUCGAUUCACUUCCAGUGCUCCAUGCAAUAAUCAUGGAGACUUUGCGUCUACAUGCACCAAUCCCGGGGCCAGAGCCGCGACGAACGCCUCAUCCGUCUUGCCAGCUUGGUGGUUGUUACGUCCCAGGCGGUGUCCGGGUUGCCGCCCUAGGUUACACACUUCACCGCAAUGAGAAAGUGUUCCCCUGGCCGGAGAAUUGGGACCACACGCGCUGGCUGGAGUCGGAGACCACUGAGGAACAGCGAAGGCACAUGAACCGGUACUUCUGGGCGUUUGGGAGCGGCGGAAGAAUGUGUAUUGGGUCCAACUUUGCAAUGAACGAGAUGAAGUUCAUUGCGGCGGCUAUUUGGUCCAAUUUCACAACGCACAUAGUUGAUGAUAUGGGCAUUGAGCAAGAAGACGCUUAUACCGCACGGCCAAUGUCUGAAAGUCUGAUCCUCAGAUUCGAGCGAGUAUAA